AUGUACCGUCCCAGUCCCAACUGCGAGCCAUCGAUAUUCAACCCCGCUUCCUUCUUCGAGGCUGCUUGCUUCAUCUCAAGAAUGAAUUUGCUCCGUCUAAGGCUCCGCUCGCUCGGUUUGCACCUACGCAAGAGCCUCCCUCAUCCUGGAGUGGCCUCCGUCCUUGGAUUCCACUGUAACACCUGGGGCUCCAUCUACCGCAUCAUGCAGAUAUCGAGGAAAGAAAUAUCCCUAGAGCUCCGCCUUCUGGAGAGGGUCCUUCCCAGCCAUAUGACGAACUUGUUUGGCCCUGGCUUCCGCUCGCAUCCUUCGUACCUGUUCAUCGUCGACGCCGCUUCUCGCCUCCUUGAAGCUUCAUGGAAAGAAGUGAUUGCUGGAGUGACUGCGUCCUGCCGCAAGCUGAACGAGAAGCAGUUGGAACCGCCUGUUCUGUUGUGCAACACUGCUAUCUCGUCCGACACCAUAGAAUUGCUCUCCAAAGGCCCCAAGUUCGCCCCAGACCUUCCUACUAAGAAGGUUGACCAACUCGCCUCAGUACAUCAAGUCGCCGCCGCCAUCCCAGAACCACAGAGGCAAGAUAUUCUCGGCUCCGCCAUCCGCGCCGUGUGCUUCCACCAACCCCCCAAGCCAGGCAAGAUCCCUCUACUCGCCGCUGUUGAAGAGCUUCGUCAAGAACACCUAAAGCUGUUAGAAUCCGAUAAGACGGGUGUGUUUGUUGUGUUAGAGGAAGGAGAUUUUGGAGAUAAGGUGAACGCCGCCCUUUCAAAGAAUUUUCUCAAACUGAAAUCCCGCCCGUCUGGGACCCUCAGGUCAAGAGCCAAACAACUCUGCUCGUCUUUGAACCUGUCGUCCUUAAAAACCGCCAUUAGUAGUCCAGCGAAGCAGUACCUUUCAGUUUUCUUCACUGCAAAAACACAUAAGACUGGAGUUCCUCUCCGAAGUAUAGUGUCAGAGAAGGGUUGUUGGCAGAAGCAGCUCGGGCUCUUUCUACAAAAGCAUCUGUCCUGCAUUCACCUCCCUCAACCCUUUAGAGUGUCUAACUCAAUAGAACUCAUCUCUGUCAUCAGUUCCCAACAUUCCUUCUCCUUGCCCCACUCUAUUUUUUCACUUGACAUAGAAGGCAUGUAUUUCAAUCUAGAUCCUACCACUUUGCUUGCCUCAAUCUCCGACGCCAUCUUUGAGCACGGAGCUGUGGAUUUUCAGAAUUCCUCCGGUGUCUCCGUUUCUGGAUUCGUGGACCUGACUCAUCUAUAUCUCCAGUCCACCUUAGUCGAACAUGAAAGAGGGAUCUACCGCCAAAAAAAGGGCGUUUGCAUCGGUUCAUGUCUCGCCCCUGUUCUCAGCGAAUUGUUCCUUUUAUUCGUUGACAGAGCUAUAAAAGCACAACUGGACAUCUCCACCCCUGGCUGCCAUGUUUUCAGAUAUGUAGACGAUUACCUAAUCAUUCAUCCUGCUCGAACUUCUCCAGAUAGCAUUACAGCGGUUUUUUCCGCUUGUUCUUCAGGCCUUACAUUCACGAAAGAAGAACCAUCGAAUGAAGGUCUUCAGUACCUGGAUUUGCGGCUUCAUGUCAGUGCCACUGGACUCUGCUGGGCAUUUCAACAAAUGUCUGCCAAACCUGUCUUACCGUUUUCUAGCGCCCAUUCGAAGUCGGUAAAACACGGUAUCAUCAAAUCGUUGUUUUCUUCAUCGUUCACGAAGUCUUGCUGUCAUCUUUCAGAAGAUAGCUUCAAGUUGCAGCACAUGAGGCUCGUCAGGGCAGGGUUUCCCGUCGACCUUCUCCGAUCUGUAUUGGAAAGGAUGAUUCGCGGGCCUGAUCGCCACUCACCAUCCACAAAAAAGAAAGCCCGAUUCGCCGUCAUUCCUUACGUACACAAUUCAGCCCACCGGAUAAAAUCCAUUGCUUCAAAGUUCGACACGAAUGUCGUCUUCUCGUGCCGCAUGCGUCUUAAACAACUAUGUCAACAAGUGAACAACAACCGGAUUCCGAUUGGCUGCACCGUCAAACACGAAAAGAAAUUCAUUCCAUGCAAAGAGAAGAAAGUUUACUCCAUCCCCUUGAGCUGCGGCCAUCAAUACAUAGGACAGACCGGCAGAUGCACCAAUCACAGACUCCGCGAACACCACAAUGAAGUUUCUAAGGCCUCUCCAGAUUCUUAUCAUCCCAUAGUCAUACAUGCCCGUUCAUGUUUGCGUUGUCAUCCCCUUUUUGAUGACACAAAAAUCCUGGGGGGACAUGACAGCAGAUUCGGCAGGGAAAUCAUAGAAUCAUUCGCGAUGACCACAGCAAAAAACAACGUGUCUAACCCUUCCCUCCUGUUGACGAAAACUGAGGUUGAAUUUUUAAAAUCCGAG